GUGAACCCGGAGGCGGAGCCUGCAGUGAGCCGAGAUCGCGCCACUGCACUCCAGCCUGGGCAACAGCGAGACUCCGUCUCAAAAAAAAAAAAAAAAAAAAAAAAAAAAAAAAAAAAAAAAAAAAUUGAGACAGGGUCUUACUUUGCCACCAAGGCUGGAGUGCAGUGGCACAAUCUGGGCUCACUGCAGCCUCGACUUUCCAGGCUCAAACCAUCCUCCCGCCUUAGCCCCCCAAGUAGCUGGGAUCACAGGCAUGCACCACCACACCCAGCUAAUUUUUGUAUUUUUUGUAGAGUUAGGGUUUCGCCAUGUUGCCCAGGCUGGUCUGGAACUCUUGGGCUCAAGUGAUCUGCCCGCCUCAGCCUCCCAAAGUGCUGGAAUUACAGGCAUGAGAAACUGCACCCAGCCCCAUAAUCUUUAUAGCACUCCUUUACCAAAGAAGAAUUACACUGAAAAUUUAGAUUUAUAGGGAUUAUACUGUUAACAUAUAGCUGGCAGUCCUGAGCUGGAAGCUGUCUUGUCAUUCAGGAAAUUUCCUGGAGAAAUAACCUUCCUGAUUCCAUAUUCCUGGGGGCAACACAAUUGAAGAUGGAGGACCAGAAGAAAUACUCAAGUCAGAAAGCUGCACAGCAUUCAAACAAAAUCUGGUUGGAGAGGAAAGCUCUUUUCAUAAUUUAGCGAGCUUCCCCAGCUAGCCUGUAGGUGGGUGUGUUUAACAGAAGAAAGCAAUGGGAACCCGCCUGUCAGCCAGCCUUUCGAGCUAAUUAGCUCAGCAUACAACAAAGAUAAGUGAGCCUGGGAAGAGGGCCCCCUGAGGGGUCUUUAGAUUCUGGGAAAUGUCUGAUUGGCAGAUGUUAAAAGGGAUUCCUUGGUAAUCCAGUGCAUCAAUGAGCUGCAGAAAUUCAGCCCAGGACUGCAAGAAUUCAGGCAUGAGGACACUCUGUACAGGAGGCUCACACAGGCAGACCCAAGAUGGACAGAACCUUGGAAUCUCUGAGACACAUCAUUGCCCAAGUCUUGCCUCACAGAGAUCCGGCUCUAGUCUUCAAAGACUUGAACGUUGUGUCAAUGUUACAGGAAUUUUGGGAAAGCAAGCAGCAGCAGAAGGCUGCAUUCCCAAGUGAAGGUGUGGUGGUCUAUGAGUCACUGCCAGCUCCUGGGCCUCCCUUUGUGAGUUACGUGACCCUCCCAGGGGGAAGCUGUUUUGGCAACUUUCAGUGCUGCUUAAGUAGAGCCGAGGCCAGGCGGGAUGCAGCUAAAGUGGCCCUGAUCAACUCCCUCUUCAAUGAGCUGCCCUCUCGCAGGAUCACCAAGGAAUUCAUUAUGGAAAGUGUUCAGGAAGCAGUAGCCUCCACCAGCGGCACCUUAGAUGAUGCAGAUGACCCCAGCACCAGUGUUGGAGCCUAUCACUACAUGCUGGAGUCAAACAUGGGGAAGACUAUGCUGGAGUUUCAGGAGCUGAUGACCAUUUUCCAACUAUUGCACUGGAAUGGAAGCCUAAAAGCCCUUCGUGAAACAAAGUGUUCCCGACAGGAAGUCAUCUCCUACUAUUCUCAGUAUUCUCUAGAUGAAAAGAUGCGCAGCCACAUGGCCCUGGACUGGAUCAUGAAGGAGCGGGAGUCACCAGGAACUGUCUCUCAAGAGCUACGAAUGGCCCUGAGGCAGUUGGAGGAAGCCAGGAAAGCAGGACAAGAACUACGGUUUUACAAAGAAAAGAAAGAAAUCUUGAGCUUAGCCCUGACUCAGAUCUGCAGUGACCCUGACACUUCCUCACCCAGUGAUGAUCAGCUGAGCCUUACGGCCCUGUGUGGCUAUCACUAGCAAGGCCAAGCCCCGGGUACCCUCAGUGAUGGCAGAGGCCAGACUAACAUUAGGAAUCUCAGUGCAGAGGUCCUCAGAGGCUCUAGCAUCUCUAGUACUACCUGAAGGCUCUCCUAACCCUCUCCACACAUUCCAUUUACAGAGUAUGAGAGUUGUAGGACCCUUACAAGACCCAACAAGCCACUCGAUGCAUUUUUCUAUCACAUUCUCAAUAGUUCCAGCUCAGGAUGAAAGGAUAGACACAAAAUUGUUUGAAAAACAUUUUCCAGGCCUGGCUCCAACCUAAAGCCUGACUGACAUGUGCCUUGCUAGAUUAUAUAUAUUGUUUCAAGAAUAGUCCAAUAUAGCAUUCCCCAAAUGAACAGCAGCCAGAAUUAGGUGAAGUAGCAUGAUAGCAGUUUUUAAAAAUACUUAGGAUUAAAUAAAUAAUAUGGAUUGUUUUAAAAAAUAUCCAAGGAUCAGAGUCUCUUUCUAAGCUUUGUAAGCUAAGCAAUAGUUUAUGUCCUACUAGAUACACUGCAAACUACAGUGGGGAUUUUAUCUGGACAUCCCACCAUCAAAGAUCUUGAAAUAGUAAUAGUAUGAAAAUACUAGAUAAAAUUAAUGUUUAAAAUGUUUUUGUAACAAUAAUUUUUUAAAACCCACACUCUUCCAUAUAUGGGGAUAAAUAUCACCUAGAAAAGUGGCCUCACUCUUAUUCCUCAAGAAUUAAUAUCCAAUUUUUAUGAGUCUUGCAAUCAAUUUUGUUCAUUUUUAAUUUGCAAAUAGAUAACCUGAACUAAUUUGUUCUUAUUUUUUGCCACUGCAAACAUAUAUCUACAGAGAGAAAAAUUAAUGGCAUUUUAAAGGUUAAAACAUUUUGAAAAAUUAUUAGCAUGUAACAAAGAAUGCUUGCAUUUGAUUAGUUUCACCAGCAUUUGAGAGAAGGACCCUUUAGCUCUGUUUGUUGCUCAAGAACAUAAGCAACCAGUAGCUCCAAUGUAGUAUCAUUAUUAAGUUUAAGUCACUGGAAUCUUCUUUAAACGAAGGAUAAGACAUUGCCAUCUCUAUUUGACUCAUCUAUAUGGGUCAAUCAACUGAUUAGAAAAUCAAAAAACAAUAAAAACUUUUUUUUUUUUUUUUUUUAGUAGAGACGGGAUUUCAUCAUGUUGCCCAGGCUGGUCUUGAACUCCUGGGCUCAAGCCAACUGCCUGCCUCCACCUCCCAAAAUGCUGAGAUUACAGUGUGAGCCACCAUGCCUGGCCUAAACUAAUUUUUAGAUAGUUCCUGGUCACUCAAAUUUAAGAAUGUCAGCAAUGUCAAUUUUAAAUGCUCAUAGGUCUUUCCAUAUCUGUAACAUGAAAAUGAUUAUUCUGCAUUUUAUUCAGUAGUCCAAAUUAAAGAAAAUGUUUUUCUCAAUUUAAAAUAAUUUCUUUUUCUUUUGUUUAUGCAAGUGCAUACAUGCUUCACUGAAAGCAAAACCAUUAUAAUUACAUUAAAGUUUAUAAAAUAUGAUAUUUUAACCUCAUAUCUAAUAAGUAUGUACAAAGGUAACCAUCACUCCUUAAAUCCACAUGAAAACUACUGUAACUGAUCACGUAUUUUGGAAUUAGACUUGAUAAUAAAAGAUUAUCAUGUAUCACAUAUCUCACACCAGGGGAACAAUUAGCUACAUAAUUGUCAUACCUUAAUAUCUUUUAAAGGUAACAGUAAUUUUCAACACAUUUUAUUUUAAAAUAUUACUUUAACAAAAGUUACAUUCCUCUCCACAAUGAGGCUAAAUGUCACCCAGGAAAGAACUUUAUUCCCUUAUAUUCCUGAAAAGAAAUCAGAAUUAACAUUUUUAUGUUGAAUAAAUUUUAAAAUUUAGGAAAUGUUCUAUUUAAAGUUAAUUUCUUUCAUAAAGCCAUUACUCUUUACAUUGUCAUUUCCAAAAAGCCACAGUUUCCCAUGCUGGAUGUGAUUAAAGUUAGGCACACCUUUACUGCAUUAGCAGCCUUUGACAAUGACUUCCUCAAACUGACACCAUCUUAAUUAGAUGCAGGGACAGGGAUCAGAUGGGACAAUAUCAAAUUUACUUUGUGCCCUACAAGUUAAAAACUGCACCCAUUCUGUAAAUUGAAUAUGGAGGUUCUCCCUUGGCCGCUGUCAGCUUUUCCUGACUGGCCAAAACCGCCCAUUCUUCCUGGAAUGGUAUGAAAGCUUCAGCAAAAUACAUAAAAGUCAGAAUCUUUGCUGGUCCCUUUAAUGCUCAUUUGAUAGUAAAUCAAUUUCAGCUGAGACAUAAGGGCUGUCAGUAUAUCAUAUAAACAUCUGUAACUAUAGCCUAGAGAAAAGAGGGUUGAAGAGCAAAGCAGAUUUUUGUUUCCUUUUCUAUAUCUUGUUCUGAACAACACACUGUGAUAAAGGGGACUAGAGUGGAAGAUUCCCUAUUCAAACACAUGAAGCUCUGGGUCCUAGCCUUUUUUGGUGAUAAGCCCUUUGAGAAUCUGAUAAAAGCUAUGGAUCAUCUCCUAGGAAAAUAGAACAAAACAUACAUAUUCACACUACACAGUUCCAGAGUAUAUGGACCCCCCAAAGUCCAGAGAUUGCCCUAGGGGAUCCUUAGAUUCUUGUUUAGAACUGUUGAUUUUGAACACAACAUACACUGUCAAACUUUACAUCAGGGAUCCAACAUAACUCAGACAUAGCCCAGGUAGCCUGUUUCUAACACAACUGUCAUAAUCCUGAAAUCCAAAAUUGCACUGUGUUUGACAUGAGAUAGUUUAAUUUCCACAAAAUCCAAAUUUACCAUAUUAUUGUUUUUAAAAAAGCAGUUUAGAGCAAACUGUCACUAAACUUGGGUAAAUGGGUCAGAAAGUACAGAUUUAAUAAAGUCGUACCUCAAACUGUUCAGAA